GAUCCAAACCAUUUCCUUUCCUCAUCGACUGCGUCACCGCGCUCCGCAGGAAUAACAACGCACUUUGGAUUUGUCUUCUAGGGUUCCCUUCUUCGGUCGAUUUCCUCUGCUGCACUGCGCCCGGAGCCAAGCGCUAUAAAUUUCUCUUCUAGGGUUACGUUUUCUCGCGGUUCUCCAAUGGCGGCGACGGCGGGGGGUGUUGCAGGAGUUGGGGUGGAUCGUGCAGCUCCGAUCAAUGAGUUCCGCGGGAUGAGGUUGUCCGGGUUGAUUCAGCACCGAAUUUCUUCCCGGAUGUUGCGGUUGGCGACCUCAUCGCGCUCGUCCUCGGUUGUCAGGGCUGUUUCUACCUCUACAAAGCCAGAGAGUUCUAAGGGUAAGCGAAGCAAGGUUGAACUGUUCAAGGAGCAGAGCAACUUCCUCAGAUAUCCUCUUAAUGAGGAAAUAAUGAAUGAUGCCCCGAACAUAAAUGAGGCUGCUACCCAGCUGAUAAAGUUUCAUGGAAGUUAUCAACAAACUGAUAGAGAUGAACGUGCCAUAAAGGCUUACCAAUUUAUGCUUCGUACAAAAAAUCCAUGUGGUAAAGUUCCAAAUCAACUUUAUUUGGCUAUGGACGGUCUUGCUGAUGAUUUUGGAAUUGGUACUCUCCGCUUGACCACUAGGCAAACGUUUCAACUGCAUGGGAUUCUGAAGAAGAACCUCAAAACUGUCAUGAGUACCAUUAUUAGAAACAUGGGUUCAACUCUUGGUGCAUGUGGUGAUUUGAACAGAAAUGUAUUAGCUCCUGCUGUGCCAUAUACCAGAAAAGAUUAUCUAUUUGCUCAGAAAACUGCAGAAAAUAUUGCUGCACUUCUAACCCCACAGUCUGGUGCAUAUUAUGACUUAUGGGUAGAUGGAGAAAAGAUUAUGUCAGCAGAGCCUGCUGAAGUGGUUAAAGCUCGUAAUGACAACUCAAAUGGGACAACUUUCCCUGAUUCUCCCGAGCCUAUUUAUGGCACUCAAUUCUUGCCUAGAAAGUUUAAGGUUGCAGUGACUGUGCCUACUGACAACUCUGUGGAUAUCUUGACAAAUGAUAUCGGUGUUGUUGUUGUUUCUGAUGAUAAUGGGGAACCUCAAGGCUUUAACAUAUAUGUAGGAGGUGGCAUGGGAAGAACGCACAGGGUGGAAACCACGUUCCCCUGUUUAGGGAAACCUCUAGGAUAUGUGCCAAAAGAAGACAUCUUAUAUGCUGUAAAAGCUAUUGUUGUUACUCAACGAGAAAAUGGGAGGAGAGAUGACCGUAGGUACAGUAGAAUGAAGUACUUGAUAAGUGAAUGGGGAAUUGACAAGUUCCGCACCGUUGUGGAGCAGUAUUAUGGAAAGAAGUUUGAGCCAUUCCAUGAAUUACCAGAGUGGGAAUUUAAAAGUUAUCUUGGAUGGCAUGAACAGGGUGAUGGUGCAUUGUUCUGUGGACUGCAUAUUGAUAAUGGGCGGAUAGGAGGAGCAAUGAAAAAAACAUUAAGAGAAAUAAUUGAGAAGUAUAGCCUCAAUAUGAGGAUUACACCUAACCAAAAUUUGAUUCUAUGUGGCAUUCAUCACUCGUGGAAAAAGGAUAUCGCUGCAACUCUUGCCCAGGCUGGUUUCUUGCAACCUAGUGAGGUUGAUCUUCUUAAAGUAACUGCAAUGGCAUGCCCUGCUCUGCCACUUUGUCCACUAGCAACAACCGAAGCUGAGAGAGGAAUUCCUGAUAUUCUCAAAAGAGUUAGAGCUGUCUUUGAUAAGGUAGGCCUCACGCCCGAUGAGUCUGUCGUAAUAAGAGUGACUGGCUGCCCCAACGGUUGUGCGAGACCCUACAUGGCUGAGCUAGGACUCGUCGGUGAUGGUCCCAACAGCUAUCAGAUAUGGCUUGGUGGGACCCCUAACCAGACCUCUUUAGCAAAAUGCUUCCUGGAUAAGGUCAAGGUCCAAAACCUAGAGAAGGUAUUUGAGCCACUGUUCUAUAACUGGAAAACUAAACGUCUACAGGCUGAAUCAUUUGGUAGCUUUGCCACAAGGACAGGCUUUGAUAAAUUGCGGGAGCUGGUGGAGAACUGGGAGGCUCUUCCAGUCGGAGACAACCUCAGUGCACAUUCCUAAGCUCUUUGCCGAAGAGCUGAGCAUGAAGAGCUCAUGAGUGAUGAGCUGGUGCAGUUACGGAACAACUGCUCAAUCCAAUGGCAAAAUCUAUUGAUCAGUGGAUGCUAUAGUUCGUGAGUUUCGAUUGCUGUCGAGGCAGUGCCAAUGACCAUUUACUAUGUUUCCGCUUGUAAUUGUGGUUUUGAGUUAUGAUGAUAAUCUGAUAUUAUUAAUACAGAAUAUAAUUCCUGCUA